UUACGUCAAAAAUGUCAAAAACCAAAAGAAAUUCUUAAAAGUUCCUAUUAUUAAGCAACAUCUUUGAUAACAAAUAAAAUUUAUUGAAAAUAUAGAUAAAUAAAAGAAAUUAACAAGACAUAAAUGAAAUAAAUAAAGAAAUGGUGAAAUAAUUGAAAAAUACAAAGUGUGGAGCAGAACAUGUUUAACAACAAGCGGAGUGAUUACGAUUGAGGUGAUUGAUUAACUUUGGACCAAGGUGAAACGAAACUGUUGCUUAACCCCCUCUAAAUGAUCAAAGGUGCUUAACUACUAAGAAGUUUUGAUAAUCAAAUAAAGUUUUCUUUGGCAUUCAGUUGAAACGUAUGCAUAUUCAACACGUCAAGUUCAAAUUCAUAAAAAUCCAAAGAAAUCCAACUCAGAUGUAAAAGCCGGAGAGAGCAUGUGUGCAUGUAAACUCACCACAAAUUAAGCUACUCUUUUUGGGAACGAAAAAUUGCCAAAAACGAAACAUAGGCGCAGGCGCCUCUGCUACGAAACAAGUUUAGCUAGUGUAUAACCCGCAUGAGUGUAGCUCUAAAGUCAAGCUUAACAGUCAACAUAACAGACGUCGUAUCUACCAACCAACCUACCAAAUAGCAAGCUAGCCAGUCAGUCAGCCAGACAAGCAACCAACUAUUUUAUUAAACUGAAGCUCUUAGGCACUUGCAGCUUAAAACAAAAAAACACUUUGCUGAAGCUGUUGGAGCCAAACGCAACGCUCGAUUUUGUUGUCUUUAAGCCGUCCUUAGUCGUGUAACAAUACAAUAAAAAAAAUAUUUUAAAAAAAUAGACAAACGUUCAUUUUCAGACGUUAUGGUCAAAUACUUUUUUCGAUAUAAAAAAAGUUAUAACAAGUACCAAAUUAAAGAAAUAAAACGAAAAUUUCAUUUAAAAAAAGUGCAAGUGUAAUAAAACUUAAAUUAUUUUAGCUUUUUUAAAAUUUAAAAUAUUUAAAAGUAAAUCCAUAAAAAUUAACAUCCUACAAAUGAAGUCGUAACAGUUUUAAAAUAAAAAAAAAAUAAUUUUAAAAUUAAAAAAAUAGAAAAGAGUUAAAAAUUUAAAUAAGUUGUAAAAAAGCUUAAAACCGUGUAACGUUCUAAUAGUUUUUUUUUUGUAUACGUAAACCAAUUUAAAAUAAAAAUCUAAAAAAUGGCAUGUUUAAGUACUUCCGGUCGCCAAGGACUGUUCGUGGCAGUCGGAUCGCGUCGUUAUCACAAUCAUCGUUUUGUAUGUCAACUUAUGUUGCAGCAGCAACAACAAGAAAACAAUCAUCGAAAAAAUUUAGGUGGAUCUAUGGCAAAUACUAAAUGCUCCACUGCUACGACGACUUCAAGGUUGUUGAGCUGCACCACUUCCGCUUCCCUGUCUAAUGCACCGUUACAUUUUCAACAGCCUAAACGUUAUUUUCAUGGAUUUAACAAAAAUACUACGACAGCAGCAACAAGUGUUUUCAAUUUAAUGCAUAAUUGUCCGACAGCCACCUCAAACUCUAAAUCGAAAUGCUCAAAUAUGAAAACAAACUGCCGUCAUUACAGUUCAGUUCAUACACAACAGCCGGCUGGUCCUGUACGUGAGAUCCAAAUAGAUCCCUACAUAAUACUGGAUGAUGAACUUAAAUAUUUUUAUGAUGAUGUUAGAGAUUUACUUGCACAAGGUACAAGUCAAGCUGAACUUGAUAAAAUCGCCACAUACUAUUUCGAUGGCCAGGGCAAGGCCUUAAGGCCCAUGGUUACAAUGCUUAUGUCCAAAGCUAUAAAUUAUCACUUAAACAAAGAAUCAAGACAAUUGCUGCAUAAACAACGACAAAUCGCUUUGUUUUCUGAAAUGGUGCAUUCGGCCAGUUUGGUACAUGAUGAUGUUAUUGAUCAGUCUGAUUUUCGUCGUGGCAAACCAAGUGUGAAUGUAUUAUGGAAUCAUAAAAAGGUUACAAUGGCUGGUGAUUAUAUUUUAUCGGUGGCUUCCAUAAUGAUUGCCCGUCUGAAAAGUGACGAUGUAACAAUCGUUUUGAGUCAAAUUUUAACUGAUUUGGUACAAGGUGAAUUUAUGCAGCUGGGUUCAAGGGAAACUGAAAAUGAACGUUUUGCCCACUAUUUAACAAAAACAUACAGGAAGACGGCUUCACUGAUAGCCAAUACAUUGAAAGCGACAGCGGUUAUUGCUGAAGCUGAUGAAAAUGUAACCGAACUUGCUUUCCAAUAUGGCCGUAAUAUUGGUUUAGCUUUUCAAUUAGUCGAUGACAUGCUGGACUUUGUUUCCUCCACAGAGACCAUGGGCAAGCCAACAGCAGCCGAUUUGAAAUUGGGUCUUGCAACGGCGCCCGUUUUGUUUGCCUGCGAAAAGUAUCCCGAGCUGAAUCCCAUGAUCAUGCGCAGAUUUGGUGAACCCGGUGAUGUAGAACGUGCCUUUGAAUUAGUACACAAAUCUCAUGGUUUGGAACAAACACGCUUUUUAGCCAAGAAACAUUGUAUUGAAGCGAUACGAUUGGCCCAAGAUAUGACAGAGUCACCCUAUCAGAAGGGUCUUCAGGUGGUUGCAGAUUUAGUCAUAAAUCGCAUGAAAUAAUAUUUUUCAAAGCGUUUAAACUUAUAAAAUAAUACUAAUUAUGUUUUUUUUUUUUAAUAUAAUAUAAAAUUGAGAACUUAUUUUUGGCCACACAAAAAUACUUAAUAAUUACAAAUUUAUUAAUAAUAAUUUAUAAACUCCUUUUUUAUAUACACCACACACACCACAAACACACACACACAUGAUUGUAAAGAAUAGCCAACAAAUUUGAGAAAAAAAUAUCUAAAAAAAAUUUAAAUAAAACAAAAAUCAUAAAUAAUGAAUCUAGUUAAUAAGUCUUGUUGACAUUGUAAAUAAUUUAUAAAAAGAAACAUAUAAAAUGAUGUAUAAAAUCUAAAGAAAAACAAAUCUUUGAUAAGACAAAAAACAAACAAAUUAUAUACAAUUAUUAUACAUUGUACAUACAGUGAAACACAAAACAAAACAAAUUUUAUAUGUACAUAAUAUACAAACAUAUUUAAAAAUACAUACAUAAUAAUAUACACAAAAUGAACAAAUAUUUACAAUAAAACAAUGUUUUCUUUUUUGUGAAAAAAAUCUACAAAAAAUAAAAAUAAAAGUAGUCAAUUUUUAAAGCCCAGUGUCCAGAAAUUUCACUCACAAUAACCGAAUUAACCACUCACCCUACUACACAGUCAUAUUAUCACAUCCCCCAACUUAAAUAAAACAUAAAAACCACUUGUUCAUUUUUCUUUUGUGUUCUUUUUUUGAUAAGAAAAUUUGAAAAUAAUAAAAAAAAACUUAUUAUUGAUUGUUGUUAAUAAAGUAAAUUAUACAUUAAAUAAAAUAAAAUAAAUAAGAUUAUACAAUUCAAUAAAUUGAAAAGAUUUUUAAACAUUUUGUUAAAGUUGUAUGGAUGUACUACGUACGUAAUUUUAUAGUCAAUAUUUCUAAUUUGUUGCUCUUAAAACAUUAUUGUUUAAUAUUUGCAAUUUAUUUUGUUUAAUUUUUUUUUUUGCAAUACAUUUUUAAAUAAAUUAUUUAAAUUUUAUUAUUUUUAUUUGAA